AUGGAUUGGUUACAUCUCUACAUCGGCGGAGCCGCGCUCCUGGUAUUUGCCUUGGUCGCGUUGGUCCUUCUCGUCUCAUUCCAGCAGGUCAAGGUCAAUAUGGAUCAUGGACCUUUGACCUACGUGAAAUUUAUCUGGGCGAACUUCUUAAAGCCACACGAUAGGUCCGGAUCGAGUCAACAGGAUGCGCUCGAGAGCUUCUACAGAACACAGGCUACUGUCUACGAUGCGACCCGUCGCCGUCUUCUCCGUGGUCGCGAGGAUAUGCUAGGUCUUGUGGCAGCACAGUUGAAGCACAAGGUCGAGAGCAAGGAGAUUAAGCCUGGAAAGGCAGUCUGGGUGGACAUUGGCGGUGGCACUGGAUACAACGUUGAAGCUAUGUCGGCUUUCGUUCCCGUGGAGAAGUUCUUCGAUCAGGUCUACAUUGUGGAUCUGUCACCAUCGCUGUGUGAUAUUGCUCGUAAACGAUUUGAGCGCCUCGGAUGGAAGAAUGUCACCGUCCUUUGCCAGGAUGCCCGAUCCUUCCAGAUUCCUGAGCGUCAAGCCGAUCCGCGGAAGAACUCAGUCACCAGUGAUCGUGCCGACCUGAUCACAAUGAGCUACAGUCUUUCCAUGAUUCCAGACUACUACAGUGUCGUUGACUCCUUGACCUCCCGCCUCACCCUUACUGGUAUUCUCGGUGUUUGCGACUUCUACGUCCAAAGCAUUGUGGAUAUAUCCUCCCGCAACUACACCGGUGGUGCCUUCAACCGUCAUGUCAACUGGCUCGGUCGUGUCUUCUGGCGAGCAUGGUUUGACUUCGAUCGUGUGAGUCUGGAGGCUGCUCGUCGGGACUACCUUGAGUACAAGUUCGGAACCGUCAUUUCGGCCAGCGGUCGCAAUUAUCUUCUCGGUGGCAUUCCAUACUACGUUUUUGUCGGUUGCCCCAAGGAGAUCGCUUCAACUCCAUCAAGCCAAGCUGCCAUCGAAAAGCUCGAUGCCUCAUUUACCGAGUCGCCUUACCUUUCCCCCGCAAACCACCAUGCGGAAAUGACCCAGGCUGUGGAGAAGAGCACCACGGAGAUUCGCUCAAAGGCCUAUGAAUCUGCUGUCAUUAACCUGAGUGCAAACCUGCCUCUCCCAUCCUCAUUCUACCAGAAUCACCACUAUCGAAUUCACUACAACGACAUGCUCCCCAAGCACACUCAGUUCCAGAACGAAUACAUCUACGCUUUCACCUGGGAGGAUCCCCGUGUCGACCACCGACUGCUGAACAUUGGCCCUGAUGAUGUUAUUUUGGCCAUCACCAGUGCUGGCGACAACAUUCUCGACUAUCUCCAAAAGAACCCGCGACGUGUGCAUGCCGUUGAUUUGAACCCGAACCAGAAUCACCUUCUGGAGCUUAAAGUAGCUAGUUUCCUUGCUUUGGGUCACCGCGACACAUGGAAGAUCUUCGGUGAAGGCAAGCACCCCCAGUUCCGCGAUCUGCUCAUCUCCAAAAUGAGCCCUCACCUGUCUAGCCAGGCCUUCCAGUACUGGCUCGAACACAGCGAUGUUUUCACGUCCACAUCUGGAAAUGGUCUAUACGAGACUGGUGGCUCACGUCACGCUAUUCGCAUGGUCCGCUACCUAGCCAAGAUGUUUGGUCUGGAUGGAGAGAUCCGCAAGAUGUGCGAGGCCCAAACUCUGGCCGAACAGCGCGCUAUCUGGCCCCGUGUCCGCAAGAUUCUCCUGAGCAAGCCAUUGAACUGGGCUGUUGUUAGCACUGAGUGGUUCGCCUGGAAGGCUGCUGGUGUGCCCCGUAACCAGCGCAACAUGAUCGUGGAUGACUUCUUCCGUCGCAACGGCUUGACAUCUGAUAUGAAGCAGAGCAAGGACAUAAGUGGCCAGUCGAUUUGGGAAUAUGUUGUGGACACCCUCGACCCCGUGGUUAAGGACACCCUUCUCAGUAACGACAAUUACUUCUACUACCUCUGUCUCCAGGGCAAAUUCUCGCGCAGAUGCCACCCAACUUAUCUAUCACCUCAGGCGCACGUCAAGCUUUCUACGCCAGGUGCCUUCGAUGGACUUCGCAUCCACACCGAUGAGAUCAACGAAGUGAUCAACCGCAUUAAGCCAGGUACUUUGACAAUCGCCGUGGUUAUGGACUCUAUGGAUUGGUUCGAUCCUGCCGAAGACGCAGCCGCGGCUCAAGCCCGUCGUCUCAACAACGCCCUUAAGAUCGGUGGACGUAUUCUUCUUCGCUCCGCCAGCAUUGAUCCCUGGUACAUCAAGCACUUCGAGCAGAACGGUUUCACAGCUCGUCGUGUUGGCGCCCGUUUCCCAGGAACAUGUAUUGACCGUGUGAAUAUGUAUGCAUCCACUUGGAUCUGCACCAAGCAAGAGGACGUCGUCCGGCCCAAAAAUGGCCGGUCGAUCUCGGCUCUCUCUCUCAGCGACAUCGCCACUGCGACAGCGAAGCGCUCAAGCAGUGUUGAGGACUUGCAGAUCUGA